CCGUCUCCCUCCCCAUUUUUCCCCUUCUCUCGUUCCUUCCUGUCGACUCCUCUACAGCCCUGAUCGGAACGGGGAAGACUUCAGCCGGCCGGCGACCAGAAUCAUCCACGAUGAGCGAGGUGUUCGACGGCUACGAGCGCCAGUACUGCGAGAUCUCGGCCUCCCUCUCCCGCAAAUGCACCGCCGCCUCUUCCCUAUCGGGAGAGAAGCUGAAGCAGAAGGCGUCGGAGAUCAAAUCCGGCAUCGAUGGAGCCGAGGCACUGAUAAGGAAGAUGGAUCUUGAGGCAAGGAACCUCCAGCCGAGCGUGAGGGCCGGCCUCCUCGCGAAACUCAGGGAGUACAAGUCGGAUCUUAACAACCUCAAGGGAACUCUCAAGAGAAUCACUACUGGCAAUGGCCAACAAGGGGCGAGGGAGGAGUUGCUAGAGUCAGGAAUGGCGGAUACAUUGGUGGUAUCUGCCGAUCAAAGGUCAAGAUUGCUCAGGACAACGGAAAGGCAAAAUAAGACAACUGAUAGGAUUAAAGAUAGCCAUAGAACUAUGUUGGAGACCGAAGAGCUCGGAGUCUCCAUCAUGCAUGACCUACAUCAGCAGCGCCAAUCUCUCUUACAUGCUAAUGAUACAUUGCACAGUGUGGAUGAUAACAUUGGCAAGAGCAGAAAGAUCAUGGGGGCCAUGGUGAGGAGGAUGGACAGGAACAAAUGGAUUAUUGGACUUAUCAUAACUCUCCUUGUCUUGGCGAUCCUAGUAGUCCUGUAUUUCAAGUUUGUGCAUUGAGCGAUUCCUUACCCGCCUGACGGCAGUUCUCUGCGCCAAUCGGAACUAAGGAAGACAUCCACAUUUUCCAGUGUGUUCCACAUUUUCAUGUAAACUUUUGUUUGGUUUUCAGGAAGACCAUGUUUGUUAUGGUAAAUGUGUUGUUUAUGAAAGAAAUGUUGAGAUGAUUUAACAACUUUGUAGAUAAAACAUAUCUUGUUUGCAAUGGAGACAUGCAAUGCAUGAGCAGUUUGUAUUUUGAAUUUGAACUUUGGGGUUAUAUACUCAAAGUUAAGAGUCCCCGUAAGGGCCUGUUCGGUUUGGA